CUGCUGCCGUCACUCAAACUCCAGUUCGGCCAAAAACACGAGCUGGUUACAAUCAAUACAUCGACACAUGAACGCGACACAAUAGACUCACAAUCUGAGUCACAGUCAAACCUUCUACUCGCGUUUUAAAGGUUUAACUGAACUUGUUCAAGGUUUGGGUGUAACUUUAGCGCGUUGAUUCAUUAACAAACAACAACCGCCGUAAGUUAAAUUUGACAUAAAGCAUAAAAGCGUUUGACUGCAAAAACGAGUAGAAUGUGAGAGUUCAGCAGAGUUUAAUGCUGAUUCUGCAGUGGAACACGAAACAUGCUGAAAACACGCAAGAAAACCCACUGAUUUCGGCUGAAGCUGCACCUGAGUGAUGAAGAAGAUGCUGAUGCUGAUGAUGCUGCUGCUGCUGAUCCAGGUGUCCUCUUCCUCCUCCUCUUCUUCUUCUGCUGGUUUGUCAGUGGGCUUUGGGAGCGCUCUUCCUUCGCUCAGUCGUCCUGCUAAUGCCAGUCAGAUCUUCUACAGCAUCAUGUUCGACGCGGGCAGCACCGGCACUCGCAUCCACGUCUACACCUUCAUCCAGAGAGAUCCAGAGGGAUUUCCCGUGCUGGAUAAUGAGAUGUUCCAGUCGCUGAAGCCCGGUCUCUCUGCGUACGCCGACACUCCAGAGAUCGCCGGACACACGGUGGCGCUGCUCCUGCGAGUGGCCAAGAGGACGGUCCCAGCGCUGGAGUGGAAGAGGACGCCGGUGAUGUUCAGAGCCACCGCUGGACUGAGACUGAUGCCGGCCCAUAAAGCCCACGCGCUCCUGGAGCAGGUCCGAGACGUCUUCGACGAGUCUCCGUUCUACGUUCCCGCUGACAGUGUCAGUAUCAUGAACGGGACGAAUGAAGGGAUUCUGGCCUGGAUCACAGUCAACUUUCUGACCGGUCGGCUCGGCCGCGGCGCACAGAAGACGGUGGGAAUCCUCGACCUGGGCGGCGGUUCCACGCAGAUCACAUUCCUCCCGAGGUCAAAGAAGACCGUUGAAAGCGCGCCGACUGAUUACAUCAGCAGAUUCCACAUGUUCAACUCCACGUAUGAGCUCUACACACACAGUUACCUUGGGAACGGGAUCAAAGCGGCUCGGCUGUCGGCGCUCGGAGCGCUGCGUUCAGACGGUCUGGAGAAGAAGGUUUGGAGAAGCUCUUGUCUGCCCAUAAAACACACUGGACACUUCAGCUUCGGGGGGUUAACUUACCAUCUCAGCGGGGUCACCCACGGUGUGUGGGGCUUCAGGACGUGUUACCAGGAGAUGCUGAAGGUGGUGAAGGGCUUCAUCAAACAGCCUGUCGAGCUGCAGGACAGCGCCAGCUUCUACGCCUUCUCGUAUUACUUCGAUCACGCUGUGGAAGCCGGACUCGUCGAUGAAGCCAGAGGAGGAGCCGUGAAGAUCCGAGACUUUAGGAAACGAGCGAAAGAGGUGUGUAACCGAGCGCCGAAGCGCAGUCAACCCAAUGAGUUCCUCUGUAUGGAUCUCACGUACAUCACCUGUCUGCUGAAAGACGGCUUUGGUUUUAAAGAAAGCACCGUUCUGCAGCUAACCAAGAAGGUGAGGAACGUGGAAACCAGCUGGGCUUUGGGUGCCGCCAUCGACCACUUCCAGAAGUUCCGGAUUCAUUAAGAACCAGCCAUAAACACUCCUAGAAGUGCAGGAUUUGUUCGGAAUGAUUGAGAAAUGAACUGAUGGUGUGGAGCUCAUGCUAAUGUGUGAUGAGAUCAGAGAGCAUUAGCUUCUGGCGGUGCGAUGCUACAGACGCACAAGGAGUUCUGGAAACUCAUCGAUUACAUUACAGCCCAUGCAUCAGUCUGAGCAUUUCUUAUAGUUUGUUUUUUCUAUUAAUAAUGUAACAACAUGCUUAUGAAUGUUUUUCUUUAUUAGUCAUGAUGUAUAUUUCUAUCUUUAAUCCUUUAAACAUAUUCUAAACAGAAACUGUGUAAAUAAUAAACAAUCUCUUGACCUGUA